GUCUGUCUGGGAAACCUGCUGCUGGUUUUCUAUCCGCGCGCACACGUACACACAAACGCGCGCGCGCUCUCUCUCUCUCACACACACACACACACAGUCAGCCUCCGCAGCAGCAGCGAAAACAAACUCUCCUCCCGCGGCUCACACACCAACACAACUGUCCCUGAAAGUGGAAGUGGACAAGAAAUGCUACCGUUGAGUCCGGGAGGACAGAGAACUAUAGUCGGGACUGCUGAGACCAGGAGCGUGGACCGUGACAGCAGCUGUUGGACAAAUUAACCCACGGAUCCGCUCCACGUCUGCACGUGGGAACCGUCGCCACUGAGACAGAGACACGUCGUGUAGCGUGGAUCUUGUCCUGCCACCUUGAACUCUUUGCCACCGGUUCACUCCCACUUACUUCAAAGAUGAGUGCCAAGUCAGCCAUAAGCAAGGAGGUCUUCAUACCACAUGAUGAGAAGAUGCUUGCUGCUGUGCAGGUGAAGCGGAGGACCAAGAAGAAGAUUCCCUUUCUUCAAGGAGACUACAUUGCCUUCAUCUGCCUCUCAGUGACGAAUAAGAAACCAUCGCACUUAUCCCUCACUAAGGUGAAGCAAUUUCAAGGAUCUUCUGCAUUUGUGAAAAGGUCACAGUGGACAAUUGAUCAGCUACGACAGGUCAACGGCAUUGAUGCCAACAAAGACUGUCCAGAGUUCGACCUGAUGUUUGAUAAUGGUUUUGACCAGUGGGUUGCUGGUUCGGCUGGAGAGAAGUGCACCUUCAUCCAGAUUCUUCAUCACACCUGCCAGCGCUACUGCUCAGCACGGAAGCCAGAGUUCAUCAACUGUCAGUCCAAACUGCUGGGGGAAGACCAAGCUGUAGGUUCAGUCAUUUUCCGUUGCAAGGUCUGUUUGAACAGAAUGAGGAAAGAAUUUGUUGCACACCACGGUCAUCUACUCAGACGAGGUAACAGUAUACUACACUCGGCUGCAGACAGUGUGACAAGUGCUGUACAGAAGGCCAGCCAGGCUCUGAAUGAGCGCGGCGAGCGAUUAGGUCGCGCCGAGGAGAGGACUGCGGACAUGAUGAACAGCGCCGAACAGUUUUCCGUCACUGCACAAAAGCUUGCCAUGAAGCACAAGUGUUAAACCACUGCCAAAUCCAACUAGGCUGGGGGGUUUACCAAUUGCCACUCGCUGUACAGAAGAAGGAUUCCCGGAUGUUAUUCUUUUAAAAAAAAAAAUCACAUCAUUACUAUUUGUUAACAAUGUUAACAUGUUAAUGUUUGGUGUAUUGUAUUCUGGUGCACCGUCUGGUGAUGAUGCGCCGAGCAGUGUGGGAGUGAGAGAGGUGUAUGACGACCUCAGACCACCAACAGAAUGUUUAAUGCUUUGGUUUUGACAGAAAAGGUAAGAGCCUCAGCUCGGGCUAUUACUCAAAACAAAACACCCCCCCCCCAUUGUUCAUGUGCUCAGAAGCUAAUGCUGACAGGUCCUUAUCAGCAAUCUCUCAGACUCAUUGAUGAUGAUCAAUUAUGAAGAGUUAUUUAUGAAUACUGCAUGGAUUAUGCAGUCAAAUUUAUGAGUGUGACAGACCCUCUCAUGGGUAUCAUAGAUACACUUUAGGAUGCAUACAGUAGAUACCAGAUUAUAACCCAUCUAAUGUUUAGAUUGUUACAAAAAAAAAGGCUUAGUAACACAGAGUGACGUAUCUGUGUUGGUAAAUCCCGAAGUAUUAAUUUUCAGUUCAAUCCCGUCUUGUCUCACUGGAUUGUGGGACCUUACACUCUUUGGUUCUGUCCAUGAUUUCAAAUGAUAUCAGAACAGUAUUAGUAAAAAAACAAAAAAACAAACUCUAAGUAAGACUGAGUAGAGAUGUUCGGCUGACAUAACAGUGAUUGACUGUAUGUUAGACUUGUCUGCCAUCCAAAAACAACCAAAGCAACACGGAAUACAGUUGCCAACAUUUAAUGAAGUGUACUUGAACUUGUAUUUAGCUGGAGCUUUCUUUCAUUCCAAUAAUCUUAAAUUAAAGGGGACAAAUACAGUAAAGCAGCUUCUGCAUUGUAAAAAAAGCAAAACAUGUAAUUCUUGUAAUACUAUUAUCUCAGUGUCUGUAGAGCUAAUAUGUCCCAUAGAAAGGCAUAUUGUUUUGAAAUUACUCCUUGCUGUAUUUCAACUUUAAACAAUUAGUUGUCAUCCUUUUGUGCUCUUUGUAUAAUUUGGAUUAUCAUAAUGAUCAUAUUCAUGAUAUGUUAACUGGUAGAUAAAAGACAGACUGUCUCAACUAGCAGCAGCAGCAGUGUGCAGUAGUUUGUUUCUGUGCUGGCAUCUUUUGGCUUCCUCAGUGGCAAGAUAUCACCCUCACAGUCAACAUGUGUUUGGUUCUUUUUUAUAUUUUGAAUUUUCUAAUUCAUGAUGUUGUGAUACACUGACAACCUUAUCUCGCAGAGCAAUGUCGGGUACACAAUGAAACGUUCCAGUUGCCUAACUUUUAAGUGUGGUUUUAUUCCUCCUCUUUAACACUUUGGAUGUUUAUUGUUUUAAUAAAAUCAUAUGAAAAUGA